GGUCACCCACAUAGUAUCUGCCCGGCAAAAGUCGGAAUUUCGUGUUAUAUCUGUGGCGUCUUGUUUUUGAAUUGUUGUGAAAUAUUGCGCGUAGAAUAAUGUCCAUUAUAGAAAAAUUAUCGAUCCAGGGUAUUCGUAGUUUCGGCUCAAAUUCGGAAGAUGUUCAGACAAUAACUUUUUCUUCACCGGUGACAUUGAUAUUGGGAGAGAAUGGUUGCGGUAAAACCACUGUGAUUGAGUGCCUCAAAUAUGGGCUCACUGGGGAGGUGCCGCCUGGCAGUGACCGCGGUCGAAGCUUUGUACACGAUCCGAAAAUAUUUAAUCAAGCAGGCACGUUGGGGCAAGUUAAAUUGGAAGUUAGCAACCUACAAGGAAAACGCAUAUCCGUUUGUCGUUCUAUGAAGAUAUCAAACAAGCGGGGCAAGUAUUCAUUUGAAACGCUGGAUGCGACUAUGAACUAUAUAGACAGUAAGAGCGAUGGCAAGGGCUCUACGAACUCCAUUAGUAAGCGUUGUGUGGAUGUCGAUGUGGCUAUGUGUCAGUUUAUGGGAGUGUCGAAGGCUAUUAUUAACAAUGUGUUAUUCUGUCACCAAGAGGAUUCAAGUUGGCCGUUGGACGAAUCUAAAAAGUUGAAGGAGAAGUUCGAUGCUAUUUUCGGUAUAACGGAAUUUAAUAAAACCAUUGAGAGGAUCAUAAAAAUGCGUAAAGAGGAGGCUGACAAUUUAAAAGUGAAAGAGGCGGACUUACGCCUUCUUGCACACUUGAAACAAGAAAUGGAUGAUAAGUCACUGACUUUAAAAAAGGCACAAGAGAAGUGUGCAGCCAUAGAGCAGGAGUGUGAGCGCUGUGAGGAGGAAAUGAAGCCAAUUGAUGCGCGUUUGCUGGAAAUUCGCAACGUUGAGUAUGAAGUGGGGAAGUAUCAGGCGCAAAAAGUAGAGAUAGAAACUGAGCAAAAGAAUUGCCAGGAACAGAUAUUGGCUUUGAACAGCAAUAUAAAAGUGCCAUUUGAAGGUAGUCGAGAGGAACUAGAGCAGGAAAUUUCUGAUUUCGGUCAGAAAAUGCUUGAGAAAAAGCGGCGGCGCAAUGUUCUAGAUAAAAAAUUGAACGAUUCAAAAAUAGAAGAAAAAACACUACAAAAGCGUUUCACUGAUUUGGAUAAAAGACGCAUAUUGCUAAUGCAGCAGCGUCAAAAGGAACAAGAAUGCGUUUCGAAACGCGCCGAACAAUUGAAAACACUUUGCCAACAUUUAGAAAUUACGCUUACCGAAGAUCUAGAAUUUCAGCCUGAGUGUGUGGCAGGUGUGUUGGAGAAAGUUGAGCACUCAUUGAUGGAUAAAGAGCGUAUUAUAGGCGAUAGUGUUGCGCAAACGGAUGAAGACGAUCGUGGCAGGCAAGCAGAAAUAGAUGGCCAACGCGUUGAGCUUACUAAAGUGGAAGAGGGAAUCGUAGCGCAUGAAAAGCAAAAAAAGGUCAAUGAAAAGGAAUUGGAAACUAUCACGAAAGAGAUUGCUGAAAUAGAGACUUCUGCGCGGCGCAUCAAAAUUCUAUCGAAAAACAUAGAUAGUCUGAUUAAACUGAUGGACGAAAUGAACGGUAAAUGCAAUCAAGAGUCGAUGAGAGCUGAUAUAGCUGAAAAUAAAGCGAGAAUUGUAAAGUUGCAAGAACAAUUUCGUGAAUUAGACGCACGACUAACCAAGUUGAAUAUGAUGUCCAAAUUAAUUGCCGAAAUCACGUUGAAACAAAAAGAGUUGGAGAAGAAAGAACAGGAUGCACGCCGUGUAAAAGGCAAGCAUGCAGAUAACUUUAAGAAACUCUUUAGCCGCACCGUCGAGUCUAACUACAAGCGAGCUAUGCAAAUAUGCAGCGAGAAAUUGCGCGACUCUAUCAAGGAACUUAGUGGAAAGUCAAACAAAUUGCAGUUGGAACAACAGUCGUUUGAGAUAAAGCGUAAAAAUUUAAAAGCUGAACUCCUUAAACUGGAAAAGGAACUCGAAGAAGCAAAAGAGAAGGUUUACGAGGCAUGUCAUGCAGCAUCAUAUGAGGAUACGUUGGGCAAAAGUAAAGCCGCCAUGGCAAAAUAUCAGUUGGAACACGGGGCGUUACUGUCAGCGGAGGCUAUGUACAAAAGAUAUAUAGAAAAAGUUACAGAAGAGCCUUGUUGUCCGUUGUGCCAUAAGGACAUGACCAGCACUGAGGCCACUGAUAUCACAAUGGAGCUAUCUGAUGAGAUCAAUCGCCUGCCGGAGAACAUAAAACGCACUGAAAAGCUAUUAAAAGCAGAGCAAAAGAAGUAUGAAAAUCUGUUGCACAUUAAAUCGGUAGUAGAGACGGUGGCUAAAUUGGAAUUAGACAUCCCAAAGAAGAAGAAAGAACUCGCCAGCAUUGAAGAGAAGCUAGCCAAGUGCGUGGAAGACACUGAAUCACUCCAAAUGCUCUUAGCUGAACCGACUACAUCAUUGGAGUUGGCUGACUCCAUGAUGGGUGAUGUAUCACUGCUGGAUGAGGCCAUGAAAGAGGUUACGCGUCUGAAAAAUGAUAUUGCGCAAUUAAAUGCAAAGCUACCUCCUGAUUUUGAGUCUGACGCUAACUUAGACGAUCUACAAAUGGUAAAGUCUGGUAUAUCUGAGGAGCUUGAUGCAGAGCGUCAUACUUUGGAGGAGAAGCAAGCGAAUCUUGAAAAGAUUGUGAGUGCACUUAACAAGAUGCAAGAACAAAAAAAUUCCUAUCAAGAUGAACGUAUAAAACUCCAGGAAGGACAGCAAUCGUUGGCGCAGCUACAAGAACGCCAGACAGAAUUGAAAAAUUUAAUCGAAAGCGGAACUACGGAAAUUAAACAAUUAAAAACUAAAUUGCCUGCGUUGAAGCAAAAGCUAAAUGCUCUAAUUGCUGAGAAGAAUCGCAUUCUGGAGACGUCGCGUAAGCGUGUGGCCAAAAUGCAAACCGAGUUAAAUUCCUACAAGAAAAUCGACCACGAUAUACAGCGACUAAAUGACGAAGUGAUUGAAUUUCAAUUGUUAAAUCUGGCAACCGAAAUCGCCGAUAUGAAAGAGUCAAUUAAAACAUGCAAAGCGGAGGUCGAAGCAAAGGCAGAAGAAAUUGCCAAAACAUCAAAUGAGCUUGAGGUGAUCAAAACAGAAUGCCUGCAGCAGGAGACUCUGGAACGCGAUCUGAGAGAUAAUCGUGAAAUGAAAAUACUGCAGGAGAAAAAGGCCGGCAUUGAUGUUCGAGUUGAAGCAUUGGCCAAACAACUGGGGAAAAUGGAUUUCCCCAAACUGUCGCAGGAAAAGAAUUCUCUGAUUAAAAAACGCGAAAAGGGUACUGUACGUAAGGGUGAAUUACUCGGCAAAAUUGGCGAAGUUAAGAAUCAAAUCAAGAAAUUAGAAAGCGAGAUAAAUGAACCGAAAUUCAAGGAUUCGCUCGAAAAUUAUCGUCGCGCUUUCUACGAAGUGGACACUUCACGACAAUUGAUAAAGGAUCUUGGCGAGAGUAGGGUAAGCUUGGAAUGGUCUCUGAUGAAAUUUCAUGCGGAGAAAAUGGAACGUAUUAAUCGUCUCAUACGUGAGUAUUGGCGUUUAAUUUAUCGCGGCAACGACAUUGACUACAUACAAAUACAAACCGAUGAAGUUGAUUUGAACGCGAAUGCCGAUCGUCGGCGCAAUUAUAAUUAUCGUGUGGUGCAGUCGAAAAAUAGUUCGGAGAUUGAAAUGCGCGGCCGUUGUAGUGCCGGUCAACGUGUGUUGGCCUCGUUAAUUAUACGCAUGGCGUUGGCCGAGACAUUCAGCAGCAAUUGUGGUGUGCUGGCUUUGGAUGAGCCGACCACCAAUUUGGAUCGUAAUAAUAUUUUGUCGUUGUGUGAGGCAUUGAAUCGCAUCGUAGACGAAAGGCGCAUGCAAUCCAAUUUUAUGUUGAUCAUAAUUACGCAUGACGACGAUUUCAUCUCCACCUUGGGAAAGAUAAACACCUAUCAUAGAGUGUUUCGGAAUGAUGAAUGCAAAUCGGUUAUACGUAAAGUAAAGGUGUCUUAAGUUCAAUUUACCAAAUACAUAUAAAUUAAGAUAAGUAUUUACUAAAAGAAAAGUUACCCAAUAUUUUUUUUAUUCAAACAUUGUAACUGGUGAUAUGCAUUUUUAUACUCACACUUAUAUUUAUGCAAAGCCUUUCACUCGUAACAAAGAAACAAGCAAAUUUAAUCCUAUUUACUAAAUUAUUAUCAUCAUCAUAAAUUCCUAGAGAUCCAGUGUGGAACAUAGGGCCACAACGAAUUUCUUCCAUUCGAGUUUGUUUUGCGCCAAUCGCUUAACUUCAUAUUUUUCAAUGGGUCGCAAUUGUGGACGGUUUGGUGGAUUGUCGUCCUUUUGAACAAUAUUUGCCCCAUUAUUUUCAUACCAGUUCAUAGCAAGGCGGCUAUAAUUUUACACGAUGCUAAAUCGGGCCAGAACAGAACUGAGUCUGUAUGCUGUUUAUGAAUAGCAGCAAACGUUUUUCCAAACACUUCUUCAUAUAAAUUUCUUGAUUUAUGGGGGCCGUGGGGGCUUUUCAUACCUCACACUAGCGAAUUGCUUGUCAAACUAAAUUUUUUUUUUGGGAACUUGUCCCACAUUUUUAGCAUAAAGACACCUGGGUCUCCUUCCAGACUGGAAUUUUUAUGCUGUUAGAACAACAACAACAACCCUAAAUGUUGUGUGAGUGCUGUUGGAGUAACAGUCCUUGGCCGGAUAUACAUAAAUCCGGGCUGUUCUGGUAACAUUGGGACCAAAAAAAAUUUACUCAGGUGGAGCUAAAUGUGGCGAAUAAGUCAAGUAGUGAUUUCAGUAAAGCGCGUAUUUGAGAAAUUUUCAGAAUAGUCGUUUUUUUUGUAAUUGAUUUGUGACAUUUUCUCGUACACUUAGUUUUAUAUCUGCGUACCAGAUUGCAUUGCGCUGGUCGGUUGGUCAUUGUUGGUCGAGGGAAAUCAUUCCCUCGUUUUGGUUUUUCGAAAUGUAUGAGUAAUUUUCUUUUGUACUUGAGGAGUAGGGGCUUGUUCGAGACACGUAAUGAAUGCGAUAUUUAUUUUGCAUAGAUAUGUGAAGACGAAUACGUAAACAAACUUAGUGGAGUUUUCUAUAAAUAUAUUCCUGGUUAAUUUCCAUAUUUACGGUAAUUUACUAUAGAAACUGACAAAGAAAAGAUUGAAGAAGCAAUCGUGCAUGCAAAAUUUAAAUGAGGCCGAUUUAAAAGAUUUUGCGCCCCACAAAAACGAGCUUUUGGUAGUUAGAAGCUUUACUUUUGCCAACGUUGCCAGAAUUUCAUAUCGAACGCGGUACUAUUGUAUGAAAAAUCGUAAAACAUAGCGGUUGUGAUUGCAACUCGAACAAAUC